UACAAUCUUAAACAUCCCACCCUACAAAAUCUUCACAUUACCAAAAUCAAACUUAGAGAAGACAGACCAAGAGCCAGGAAAAGGAAGCUAAUUAUCUCUUUUCUCCACCAAAAGAAAGAAUAAUAUAAUGGCUUCUUUAUCAGCAGUUUCAAUGGCAACUCCUAUCACAACCACCAAAACAACCUUCUUCAGCCCAUUAACUGUCAUCCCACAAAGGGCUUCAUUAUUGGGUCAGAAGCCCAAAUCCAUGGGCCUUAAAGUCCAAGCUUCAUUGAAGGAGAAAGCUGUAACUGGGCUCACUGCAGCAGCUCUGACAGUGAGCAUGAUGACUCCAGAUGUGGCCCAAGCUGCAGAGUUAGCACCUUCUUUGAAGAACUUCUUGCUUAGUAUUGUGGCUGGUGGAGUUGUGCUUACUGCUAUUUUUGGUGCUAUUAUUGCUGUGUCCAACUUCGACCCUGUUAAACGAGUAUAAUUUUUAUCAUUUUUCUAGCAUUAUUGUUAUAUUAUUUUUAGUCGUUUUUUAUGGUCUAAAAUUGUAACUUUUGUUGUGUAUCUUGUGUCACCUCCCCUAUCCCUUCUUCUUCAUAUAUGCUUUUGAUGUAACUUGUUUAUAUUGUUAUGUCAAAAUGACAUUUGAUCAACUUUCAUUUUCGGCAGGGAUCGGAAACAAUAAGUAUUUCAAAUUAAA